AUGCGGGGCCGGGCGGGCGGCGGAGCGCUCGCACCAUGACAUCAGCGCGGUGCGGCCCCGGGGGAGCGGGCGGGGGGUGGGAGCCGGCGCGGCGGCAGCGGAGCGGAGCCGAGCGCGGCCCCGGGCAUGCUCCCGGAGCCCAAGUAUGACCGCUUCCGCGACGAGCCGCUGACCGCCCCCAUGCCGUCGCCGGCCCCCGCGCCGUGCCCCGCGGCGGGCGAGGAGCCCGAGCACGGCACCACCUUCUGCGCGCUGCUGCCGCGGAUGCCGCAGUGGAAGUUCCCCGGCUCCAGCGGCUUUCUCGGCCGCGGCCCCGCCGGCGCCGCCCGGGACGCCCCCGCCGCGGCGGAGUCCCCCUCGGGGCUGGCCGCCGUCCUGGGCGCCUGUGAGCCGCUGUGCGCCGCGCCCUGCGCGCUGCCGGGCGGCGGGCGGCCCCGGGGAACGGCGGGGCGGGCGCGGGGGGCGGCGGCGCCAGCGGGGGCUCGGCCCGGCGGGGACGAAUGGAGCCGCAAGGGCAGCUUCAUCCGCAAACCGGCGCAGGGCUGGCUGCACCCCGACGAGCGGGUGCUGGGGCCCGGCGUCUCCUACAUUGUCCGGUACAUGGGGUGCAUUGAGGUGCUGCGCUCCAUGAGGUCCCUUGACUUCAACACCCGGACACAGGUCACCAGGGAAGCCAUCAACAGACUGUACGAGGCAGUGCCGGGUGUGAAGGGCAUGUGGAAGAAGAAGGCUCCCAACAAAGCCCUGUUCUCCAUCCUGGGCAAGAGCAACCUGCACUUCGCUGGCAUGAGCAUCGCUGUCAACAUCUCUGUUGAUGGGCUGAACCUCAUGAUCCCCACCACACGCCAGAUCAUCGCCAACCACCACAUGCAGUCCAUCUCCUUCGCCUCUGGUGGGGACAUGGAUACCACAGACUACGUCGCCUACGUGGCCAAGGACCCCAUCAACCAGAGAGCCUGCCACAUCCUGGAGUGCUGCGAGGGGCUGGCGCAGAGCGUUAUCAGCACGGUGGGACAGGCCUUCGAGCUGCGCUUCAAGCAGUACCUGCACAGUCCCCCCAAGGUGGUGGUACCCCCAGAGAGGGCGCUGGCUGCAGAGGAGUCAGCCUGGGGGGAGGAUGAGGAGGCGGCUGAGCACGAUUACUACAACAGCAUCCCCGGGAAGGAGCCCCCCCCGGGGGGCCUGGUUGACUCCCGGCUCCGCCACAGCACAGCCCUGGGCCACGUCCGCACUCAGCCCUCCAGCUCUGUCCCCCCCAGCCAGGGUGGGCUAGCAGCCAGACGAGACCCGAGCAGCCAGCUGGAGCCACCCUGGGACCUGGAGAGCCAGGGCCAGCCCUGCGACGGGUACCUGCAGGCAGACGGCCACAGCCUGGGGCCACGGGACUACGAGGAGCACAUGUACGUGAACACGCAGAGCCUGGACGCCUGGGAGCCGGAGCUGGCGGCUCAGGGGGCGGCAGAGGAGAGCCCCAAGAAGGACCUCUUUGACAUGAGGCCAUUUGAGGACGCCCUAAAGCUCCACGAGUGCAUUGCAGGGGGUGGCACCAAUCCCCCCAUCGAGGACCAGUGGCCCAGCCCCCCCACACGGAAGGCCCCCGUGGCCCCCACGGAGGAGCAGCUCCGGAGGGAGCCCUGGUACCACGGGAAGAUGAGCCGGUGGGAUGCCGAGAGGCUCCUGCAGAUGGAUGGGGACUUCCUGGUGCGGGACAGCCUCACCAACCCGGGGCAGUACGUGCUGACCGGCAUGCACAGCGGGCAGCCCAAGCACCUGCUGCUGGUGGAUCCCGAGGGAGUGGUGAGGACCAAGGACGUGCUGUUUGAGAGCAUCAGCCACCUCAUCAGCCACCACCGGCAGAACGAGCAGCCCAUCGUGGCGGCAGAGAGCGAGCUGCACCUCCGCCAGGUUGUACAGAGGAAGCAGUGAUGCCCAGGGGGCUCUCUGUUUUCCUUCCCAGCGAGGCCUUGUGGUCCCUGGUGCUGCAGGUCCUCCCUGGCUGCUGCCUACCUCCAUCAUCUGCGUGGGUGCCCUGCCCAGCUGGACACAAAGAUGUUUAAUUCCACACGUACAGGUGAAACGCUCUUGGGGUGGGAACUGCUUGGUGACCUCAGCAGGAGGGACAGAACCUGAAGCCAUCUCAGGCAGGGCUGCCCCCACUUGCCCCAGCACUGGAAUGGGGACUGGUGGACAUUGCUGUAGCCCCUGGCUGGGCUCUGCCUGUGGGGCCAGGCACGACCAUCUCUUGGACUCUGUUGGACGUUCCUCUUGGGGAGAUUCUUUUUCAGCUGGAUUCUCCCCAGGAGUGGCUGCCACAUGAUUCUCCCUGUGACCCCAAGCCCCUGCAGCCUGCCCCAGGCCAGGGCCAGGAUGGAGCUACUGUGGGAAGGUGGAGGGCAGAGCUGCUGGUACUGCCUCACGAGGUGGCCCGUGGCCCAUGGGGGCUCCCUGGCCAGCUCGGGGCUUUGGCAGGUUUUAUGGCACACACAGCCCCCUUUACCUACCCUGUGUCUGAUGCUGGGUUUGUAGUUUGGAAUACAUUUCUAAUUAAAUCUGGAAGUGA